AUGAAAACUCCGAGCCUCCUCGCGCCAUUCCCAUUCACCCGUUCCCACUCUGCCUCUUCCUCCCAUUCCCUCUCCCUGAGCAACCUCCUCCACGAGCCCUCGCAACAACCAAUCCAGAUCUACGUCCACUCUCACGCGGCCACGAGCAGCGAGUCGAUCUACGCUGCGGCCGAGGAGAACGCGCGGCGAAGGAGGCAUAGGAGGGACGUGCGGAAUAUGGAUAUGGGUGCGCUCGUGCGGAGGAGUGUUGUUAGGUCGGAUAGGAGUGUUCGGGUGGGGGAGAGUAGCAGGGCAGAGAGUAGGUGUCGCGAGGACGAGGAGAACCCGCUGCGCGCUGAACGAUUACGAUCGCGUACGUCUACGCGGGAGGCGUAUCCGUUGGAUGUGAAAGAGAAGGGAAGGACGGAGAAGAACCUACUACGCGCAGCACGCAACAAACCCCUCCCAGCCGUCCCUCCGCCCUACUCCGCACGCGAUCGUUCACUUCCCUGGCUCGAGCGCGCGCAAAAGCACUUCAGCGAUCCGGGCGCACAGGCGGCGGCGCGUAUCUCCGACCUGUUCUCGGAUUCUGAGCCGGAGAGCGAGACUGUUGUGGAUGCCGAGGUUGAAGUAGUGAUGAAGAGGGGAAGGCCGUUGAGGAGGAGACAGGGUGUUGCGGGGUUGAGGGAGCAAGCGCAGGUGGAGAGUAUGGGCGAAGGGUCGACGAGUUCGACGGUGACGAUCGCGCCUCCGCCCGAGCAUCUUGGCUGGAGUCAGAAGGCCGUCAUCAACGGCUACAGCGUCGACAAGGCGGACUUGUGUGAGAUCGGGGAGACGAAAACGAAAACGAAGUUCGAGCACAUCGAGAGGUGGCUGAACGCGAACGCUCUCUACAAAGCGGAGGACGAGCGCAAGAAGCAGUAUCGGGCGCAGAAGAAAGUCGUCGCCUGGAAAGCUGCCGAGCUCAACCCUCACGCUUCGAAGAAGUGGGCGCCGCCCAUGUACCGGUUGGACCUUUGGAAGGGAGAUGCGUCGUCGUCGAGCAGUCGCGAGGGGGAACGUGGGCGUAGUGGCGGGCAGCAGCGGUCUCGCGGUAGUACUAGGACUGUACGCACCAACCGCCGAGAUGGAGUUCGAACGCCUAGACCAUCGCGCGCAUCCCGCCGCAACGUGCAGAUCUUGCCCUCUCCACCGUCAACACAUUCGUCGGCGACGAAAUCCGCGCUCUCAGGCUCGUCGCAUUCCUCCUACAAGUCGUGUAAAUCAGAAUGCUCCGACCACCUCAGUGUCCAACUCGAAGACCUGCAGCAAUCAGUUAGAGAGCUGAACGCGGACGAUGACGCUCGGUGGGUGUGGAAGAUGUACAUGAGCGGGCUUGAUCGCGCGCAGAGGAUUGGGUUGCCUUUUGCCGAGGCGCAGGAGCAGGCGUUGGCGGCUACUGCGUAUGAGGUUCAGGAGGUUUGUGCGAGGGCUUUGGAAGGUCGUUCGUGA